AUUUUUCGUGGUGUGGUUCACUGGAACAGGCACUUAAAGUUAAGUACUUACAAGGUUAAGUUUGGCUGUUAGUGAAAAGUAAGCCAAUUCUUCUUUCUUAUUUCAGCAUCAAACCACUUUUUGGUAUAUACUAAGCAUUCCAUAAUGGCAGAAAACAAUGAGCCAGUGUCCUUCACAAACUUGGCUGUUGUUAUGAAGUAUAUGGACCCAAAUAUGAAAUUAUCAGAAGCUCAAAUCUGGGCUUCAGAUCUUCAAAAAUGCAUGUCUGACAUGCAUUAUAAUAAAUCUUGUAUCUUGCUAGCAUUCUCCGAAGAAGCACUUUCUUGUGGUUUGCGGUGUCCGGGUACUGCAAAGGAAAAAAUCCAGGCUGUUAUUGACUACGAGGAAUGUCAUCCUCCACCGUCGCAUUCCUACUCCCUUGAUUCCUUUUAUACAUCUCCACAUCGUAUUGUAAACGAAUUGCUUGAAGCUAUAAAAGGAAAUGUAGAUUAUGUGGAAGCUGCUGAAUCAAGUGAUGAUUGUGACAUCUCAACAUUAUCCCCUGAUGUGGUACUACUUGCUGCUCAGACUUUCAUGUUUCGAAACAAACAUUACAAUGCUUCUGAUGAAGAGGCUCUCCAAGCUUUCCAUAAAGCCAUGCAAUAUCUAAAAGGGGAGCAACGAACAUCGACUGAAUUCAUAAAUUGUUAUAGCAGUGAGCUCUCAAAGAUUAUCCGAUGUGUAAACCGGCAUUUCACAGAAGAAAGCAUAGACAUAUUUGGCUUUAGAAUAGCUAAAAAUGUGAUGGAUAGUAUGAAUCAAGGUAAAGAGCCUCCAAAACCAGACAGAUUUCUUAAUUCGUGGGAUGUAUACUUGCUCUCCGAAGUUGAUUGGGAAAAGGCUUACAAUAUGAUGAAAGAAGAAAAUUUUAGAAAUAAGAGUGAUGAUUACAUAAUUCCAGUGUGGGAGAGGGUGGAGCAAAAGUGUUUCCGCUGGUACAUGUUUCGUGCACAAGAUAAACACAACAGGAAGGAAUAUUAUGCCAUGAAAUUAAAAAAGGCUGUUACAAUCCAAGGUAUAUUUUAUGAAGUUGAUGGUGAUUUCAUAGACAGUGAAGAUCCUGCCCUUCUGAAAGAAUUUCAAGAUGGCAAAAUAAAUGGGCAAUGUUAUACUGAAUUCCAGGGGACUUCUGCUUAUUGCUGGAGCAGAGAUGGCACACCUCCUGCUCACCCAUACUCCAUCGUGGCUCAACUCUACUGGCCUCAUAUCCCACGCAAUUUAAACUACCAAGUGGAACAAAUCACAGAUCAAGAGGCACUAACAGUACUUUAUGAUGAGAUGCCUGCUCUAGAGGAAAAACGAAAAACUGAUCCUAAAACAUACACUUGGUUUUUGAACAAACCAGAGAAUGCUAUUAAUGACUUCCCAGAACUGAAAGAUUAUUCUGAGGGUCAGACUUUCUCUGAUGAUUACUUGCGUCCUUCAACAGAACCCCUUCAGACAGAUGGCUUUACCUAUGAGUGGUCAAGAGAAGAACACGAAACCACACACAGAGACUUCACCUUAAUAUUCAGAGCGAGGCCAACCUGUGAAAGAGUUCCUCAGGUCAUUACAAAGGAAACGAGAAUAAGAUUUGAUUACUGGCAGUAUAUCAAAGAGUUUGUCUUCUUUGGUGGGUCACAUCGUGAAGGAACAGUGCUUGCCCCGGAUCCAGCUUGGAUUGAUCAGGCACACAGGAAUGGGGUCGCCAUAUUUGGCACCGUUUUUUUGCCUCCUCUGGCAAAUGGGGGAGAUGUGAAAGACAUGGAAGAACUGGCAAAACUGGAGAACCUGCAGAAACUAGUGGACAUCGCCCACCAAUUAAACUUCGAAGGGUGGUUUCUGAAUACUGAAAGCUACAGAGACUAUAAUGAUUCUUGUUUAAAUACGCUGAAACUUGCAAUUCAGAAAAUGGAUCUCAGGGGUAAACAAAUGAUCUGGUAUUUACCCAGUUGUCAUCAAAGCGAUCACUUUGAUCCAGAAUCAAAAGGUGCAAGGAUGACGUGUGAUGGCAAAAUCAAUAAUACAGCACCUGCCUUUCUGGAAGAAGAUGGAAAAAAUUGUAUUUUAAUUUUCAUAGUCUCGUUUGGAGUGUGUUUCUUAAUCAGGCUCCUCUGAGUUACCUCAUGUUUGUGAUGAACCCUUUUGGAAAAACACUAAAACGCAGAGGAUAUUUAGUAGACCCUGUCAGAUUUCCACAUGCGCAGAACGGUCUUUGGCAGUUUUUUCUAGUAGAAAAUGGUCUGGAAAGAAAACCAACAGAUCUGUAUCCCUGGUACGGAAUUGCUAAAUACGCGAAACAAAGAAAAUAAACACGUGCUUAAGAUUUUGCCUUCAUCACCAUUAGAGGUCAAACCAACCAUCUCUCUCACACUUUAUGAGAUACAGUACAUUAACCUGUUUUCUAGACCCUUAGAUGUAUUUAUUCUCAUUGUACUGUGAUUUGUUAGUACCCACAGCUUAAUUUUAGGUGUUUUGUUUCACUUGUUGUUUUUUAAUUUAAUCUUGAAAUUAAGUUUAACAUAAAAAAGUUUACAUUAUUCCUCAUCUUUAUUAGAAUUAUUUCAAAGCUCAUAUAAACUCUUGCAAGAUUAGCUUAUUCAUGUAUACUAGUCUGUGUGGUUUAAAUAUUGGAUUGUAAGUAUCUUAACAAAAGGUAGAAUGUAAGAUGCUCUGGAAAAAGGUGUCACACCAAUCCUUGAAUUUAACAAUAUAUGUGUAAAAUAUCACUUACUUCUUAAUGUUCAUUUUAUUGUACAUGCUAAGGAUUGAAACAUUUAUCCUUUCAUUUAAACGAGAGAAUGAUAUUUUAGUCAAUGUUACACUAAUACAAAAAUUAGUUCUGUUUUAAAUAGUUAAAGUGUUGUUUUUAUUGUAUUACUAAUUUCCUUUAGUUUGUGUUGUGAUUUAAUGGAACAAGUUGAUAUUAUACAGUAAAAAAUAUGUGAAUAUAUUUCUUGUAUUGCUUUGUUUUCCCAGUAUUGUGCAUGCAUGAAGUCAUGAAAACAAACAAAUAAACAAUUAAUAAAUAAUU